CCUCAGAGCGUUCCAAGAUGGCUCCCGAUGGUAGGCUUUACGUGGCUCGAGGUUGGCCCCCUGUGCCUCUGCAAAUUGCCGCCGAGGCUGCCGCAGCGCCGCUUCCCUCCAGGCCACCACGUGCUCCUGCGAUGCCCACUGCCCGGUGGCUGGUGGGCGCAGUGCUCGCCGCCGCAUGCCCGCUGGGCGCCUGCGAGGUCCGCCGCUUCUCCUGGUCGGCGCCCGCGGAGCACCCGCACCUGCGCCGCCUGUCCGCCAGCGGGUCGACCCCGGACACGCUGAACGUCACCGUGGACAUCGUGAAGCUGGACACCUUCGGCGUGGAGGGGGCGAAGAUGGACGUCAGCUUCCUGAGGGAGGACGGCGCUCGCAUGCGCCUCUACUUCCCAGGCACUGAGGGGAAUCAGGGGCGGAACAUGCCGCACUGGCUUCAGACGAUCCGCGCGGUCACCCUCGUCGGCCACGCGGAGAGCGAUGCGCUGGCCGCGCAGCAGGAGAGGGACGAGCUCGACAACCUCGAGAUGUCCGCUGGCCUCACGCCGCUCGGGGCAGACGGGAUGGAGGUUUUCGACACCCGGGAGCUCUUCGUGGUAGAGGCCGCCCAGGGCGAGGUGGACUCCGAGGAGUUCGAGGCCGACAAUUCGCGCCGCUUGUCCGACGGCCUUGCGCCGACCGUGCUGGACACCGUGGUGGUCCUCAUCUCGCCCUGCGGCGAAGAGCUGGUGCACUCCACCCCGCACGGCGUGCAGAGCGCUGUAUUCAGCAACGGCGCCGGCUCUGUCAACAGCAUCCUCAAAGACUGUGCUUCUGUCAGCAGCACCAAGGACAUCUCUGUCAUGGGAGACGUCAUCGGACCCAUCGAGAUAUGCCCGUCGAGCAGAGACAUGUGGACAGUCCACUGGACGUGCAAUGAACACCUGAAGAACGACCCGAGGUGGACCGGCAACUACUAUAAGGCCAUGGUGCUUCCAGACGAUUGGCUCGGCGACGCGGCGGGCCUGGGCGAGAUCAAGGGAGCCAACACGUGGUACCGCGACAGCGUUACUCAGGGCGCCGCGGUAUUCAUCCACGAGUACGGGCACAACAUCGGGCUCCACCACGCCAACGGUAGGUACAUUUGGUCCGAGUAUUUGGACUGGAGCUCCGCGAUGGGUAAUCCCAUGAAUGGCAGGUGCUUCAACUUCCUGCAGCAGUGGCAGCUCGGCUACUCGGCAUUCAUGGACCAGGAGUACAGCGUGGAGCAGAUACUGGCUGGCAGCGAGGUCACCCUCACCCUGCCCGAGGUGGGAGUGCACUACCAGAGCGGCGUGAGGCUCAACCUGCCGCCCCCAGCGGACGGCACCCUGAGCUUCGGCGACGAGCCCUACCUGGUGCUGUCCUGGCGCAGCCGCGGCGGCUUCGACAAGCACAUCAGCAGCAGCAGCAGCGCGAACAGGGUCUACGUGCACCAGUGGUCCGGCGACCGGGCGCGGAGCAUGCAGACGCUGGCUCUGCACGCGGCCGAGCGCGGCACCACCACGCUCAUCGAGUACACCGAGCCGCAGGAACUGGCAACCUCGCUCCCGACGGGCAUCAAGAUGACGGUGAUGGGAGAAACGUACGUCUGGCAGAACGAGGAGAUCCAAAUCGUGCUGUGCGCGGCCACCGACACCGAUAUCGCAGGCAACCUGAACCCCUGCCUCAGCGCCACUACCACGACCACCCCCCCCCCGCCGCCUCCGCCCCCGCCGCCGCCCAGUACGUGGAGCGCGUCUUUCUCGAACGAAGCGACGUCACAGCAGGUCUCGUGCAGUGGCGUUCUUGUAGGCAUGGAUUGCAGUGGGGAGUAUUGUGGUACCCAGAGGUACAAGUGUAGGUCGGACAUCACGACCUCAGAUGCUGGCGCUAGCACCAUCAUGGUAGAGACGGACACUGGCAACGCAUUCUGCCCUGCUGGCCAGGUUGCGACCCGGGUCACGUGCGUCGGGGACAGCUGCCGUAAGUUCAUGCUGCAUUGCAACGCCCCGACGAACGCCGAGAUCUGGGACUCAGGAUGGACAGGUGGUGGUGCGGGUUGGUUCCCGCCCGCGUUGCACGAGCAUGGAGAAGGUAUUUGCGACGAGGGGCGUGGAGUGAUCAUCGGCAUCUACUGUGGCGCUGCGCAGUGUGGCCGCAAGAUGUUCCUCUGCGCCGACUGGAAGCAUGAGCCGCCAGCACCGACGACGGAGCCGACUGCGACGCCUGAUCCGACUCCGACUGCGACGCCAGCGCCGACGACGGAGCCGACGGCGACGCCUGAUCCGACUCCGACUGCGACGCCAGCGCCGACGACAGAGCCGACUGCGACGCCUGAUCCGGCUCCGACUGCGACGCCAGCGCCGACGACGGAGCCGACGGCGAUGCCUGAUCCGACUCCGGCUGCGACGCCAGCGCCGACGACGGAGCCGACUGCGACGCCUGAUCCGGCUUCGACUGCGACGCCAGCGCCGACGACGGAGCCGACGGCGACGCCCAAUCCGACUCCGACAUGCAUCCCAGUCUGCUUGUCGCAGGGGCUCGUGUGCGGAGACGACGGCUGCGGUGGCUCGUGCGGCCAGUGCUCGUCGCCAGAGUACUGCGUCAACAGCACUGGUCAGUGCGGCGGGGCGUACCUGCAUUCCGCGUGGGGCAGCUCGGAGGCCGCGAUCCCAGACGGAAACCUCACCGCCACUGGCCUGUCAUGCAAGGGCGACUAUUGCACUUCAGUCAAGCUCACCCUCCUUGGCAUCGUCACGGACGCGACCACUGUGGAGUACUCGGCGUGGCUGUCGGACAACUUGGGCGCGAAGUACGUGUGGAACGAGGGCGAGGAGGCUGGAGGGCACGUGGCCGAUUGCCCCGAGGACAAGGUGGUGUCGAACAUCGAGUGCCAGGGCAAGUAUUGCGACAACAUCCGCAUGCACUGUGCGACGCCUCUGCAAUACGUUGUUGACGUGGCGGCCGUACCCUGGCACUCCGACUGGUUCAGCGAGGAGGAGGGUCGCAUGGACUGCCCGGAGGACCACGCCAUCACCGGCAUCGAGUGCAGGCAGCACGAGGGCUUCUUCUGCCUGACGAACUGCGGCGACUACUGCGACGACAAGCGCAUAAGGUGCAGCGCGAUCAAGCCCGCGGCGGUGGGCAGGGCAGCGAUCGGCAUCCUGCCAUACUCUCAGCUGGCCGAGCGCAUCCAGGACGGCAGCCUCGAGCAGGGCGAGAAGCUGACCGCGCCCAGCCACGAUGCCGUGGUCUCUGCUACACCAGGGCGCGGGCUGGGCGCGGCCAUGGUGGCCCUCGUGGCCCUCCUGGCCGCUGGAGCGGGAGCGCUGUGAGAUCGAAGAACACAGAAGCUGCACCAGCACGAUUUGCGCUCGCGCCGUGUGGCCCGUUGAGAGGGCCACGCCCGCGCCACGAAGCCCUUCCGUGACAGUUUGUUCAGCCCUAGGCCGCAGACGCCGUCGAAGGGCGGCGUCUGCUGUUCCGCUCCCCCUGCAGCGUUCCAGCGGAGGACGGCUCCAGAGCCAAUGUCCCAGUUCAUACGACCGAGCUUUUCGCGGUGGUUGUUGGCCCUGCCUCUGGUCGCGGUGGCUGUCGAGCAGGGUUUGCCUGGAUAUGUCGUCUUCGCUCCCGCGGGGGAGGCCUCUUCUUUCCCGCCAGAGAGCGCCGCUUCUUUCCCCGAGCCUUCUAGCUCUCUCGUUCUGCCCUAGAGCACAGACGCCGUCGAAGGUGGCGUGUGUUUUUCCCCCCCUCCGCAGAAUUCCAGCGGGAGACGGUUUCAGAGUCAUCAUCGCAGUCCAUGUGGAUUUGAACUUUUUCACUACCGACUGUUCCCUUCCGUGCUGCGAUCGGCCUUGCCGGGGCCUGCACGGCUGGCGGCCUCUUUUCGUUUGCAGUCGCGCCCUACCUCUGAUCGCGGUGGCUGUCGCGCCCUACCUCUGAUCGCGGUGGCUGUCGCGGUGGCAGGUGGCCCUGCCUCUGGUCGCGGUGGCAGUUGGCCCUGCCUCUGGUCGCGGUGGUUGUUGAGCAGGGUUUGCCUGAGGCUGUUUGUCUUCGUUCCCGCGGAGGAUGCCGGUUUCUGGCCUCCGAGGGCCGUUUGGGCCUAACCGCGCGUUCGCUUUUCAAACAGCGUGUUCCCGAUUUCGCCAUACGGAGUUACUGCUAGCAUCUGUCCACCUGUUACCGGAGAUCUUAGCACGCCCUUGGCCCGUUGGGCCGGCGAAUUUAUCAAGACAGUUUGCCCUGCGUCCUUUGGUAUCUUUCGUUUCUUCUGCACGUGCUCCGCCAGCUGGCGUGGCAGUGCGUGCAUUUUAUUUCAAGGCAGUUUUGUCCCGUCCUCCGUCAUUCCUCGCCCCUCCCGUAGGUGCUCGGCCAGACAUGCCAAGAAACUGUGAUUACAUCCGAGAACCAGCGAACA